AUGAGUGACGUUUAUGUCGUUAUACAUCUUGCAACCACCUGCGAUGAUUCUUCUUCGAACGCCUCUUAUGUGAAUAAAGAUUCCACUGAAUUAAUUGAAUUUGCAUGGUGUUUAGUCGAUGCAAGAAGUCUCGAAGUCUCUCAUGAAAAUUCUGUUUUGGUCAAACCAGUUAACACUCCCAUAACUUUAUAUUGUUCUCAAAUUAAUCGGAUCUCUUGGGAACAUGUUCGUGAUGCUAGUUCUUUUAGGGAUGCUAUCAACCAGUUCGAUAAAUUCAUGCAAGAAGAAGUUAUUAGUAAAAAUAAAGAAUUCAGUUUGGUCACUAUUAAUGCUACCACAUUAAGAGUUCAAUUACCAAGAGAAGCAAGAGAUAAAGCAGUGGUUUUACCUCCCUACUUACAACAUCCAAGAGUUUUUGAUUUAACUAAUGAAUAUUCAAAAUGGCAGCUGACCCAUCCGGAAGCUCUUUCUUAUACUGCAACCUCUUUAUCUAACAUUAUCACUGCUUUACAAGUAGAAUUAGAUAACUUGGAUGACUUACCGGUUAUUGAACUGUUAACUUCUAAUUCUCCUCCUCCUAUUAUUCCUCUUGCUUCUUCUUCUGAACCUAGAUCAAAAUCAACCGUUAGUUUAAGUGCUAAAGUAUUAAUUCAAUUAAUCAAAAAAUCAUUACCCAUCGACGAACAUCAAUCAGUUUUGACUAAACCUUAUGAUUCUGCUCAGGAUGCAAGAAUUUUUUUGGCUGAACGUUCCAAAAUUUUAUAUCUUUCCAAUUUACCUUCUGAUACUACUCAAUCAGAAUUAGAAUCUUGGUUUACUCAAUAUGGAGGUAGACCAAUUGCCUUUUGGACUUUGAAAAAUCUAGAAGUUUCAAAUAAUAAUAAUAAUAAUAAUGGUAAUGUUAACAACACCAAUAAUAAUAACCCUGGAGGGAAUAAAUUUUUCAAUAAAAAAUCUAAAGGAAUUUCGGGUUUUGCAGUUUUUUCAAAACAUGAAGAAGCUGCAGAAUCAUUGUCCAUGAAUGGUAGAGUUCUCAAUGAUCGCGCAAUUGAAGUUCAAGCUUCAUCAACCAGGGUUUUGGAUAAAGCUAAUGACUUGUUAACUCCUUUCCCUCCUCUGAAAAAUAGACCUAGACCAGGAGACUGGACUUGUCCAUCUUGUGGGUUUUCAAAUUUCCAAAGAAGAACCGCUUGUUUUAGAUGCUCAUUCCCGGCUACUAGUGCUGUUACAAUUCAAGAAACAAUCCAACUUCAUAAUCAUGGACAUGGAUUACAUCAUAAUAACCAUGGUUACCAUCAUAAUCAUAGCCAAAGCCAUGGUGGUAAUGGCCCUAACAUGAUGAAUGGUAAUCAUAGCGGUGGAUCAAGGUACGGGAACAAUGUACCAUUUAGAGCAGGUGAUUGGAAGUGUUCAAAUGAAAAUUGUCAAUAUCAUAAUUUUGCUAAAAACCUUUGCUGUUUAAAAUGUGGUGGUGCAAAACCA